ACAGCCUUGGGCACAUUUUGCGAUAAAUCCAACUGCGAGUACACAUCUCUUUUUUCCAUCCGAAAAUCGAACCCCCAACCGUCAAAAUGGCCAACGUCGAGGAAAUCGCCAAGCAGUUUGUCAAUGGCUUCUUUACGGGCAUGAGCACCAACAUUGCCGGCCUCGCUGCCGUCUACACUCCCCAGUCCGUCCUUACCUUUGAGUCUCAGAAGUUUGAGGGUGCCAACGCUAUUCUGGAGAAGCUCACGAGCCUCCCCUUCAAGAUGAGCGGCCACCAGCUCUCCACCCUCGAUGCCCAGCUCGCCGAUAACGACCUCCUGAUUCUGGUAACAGGAAAGCUCAAGGUCGACGAGGACGAGAACCUGAUAAACUUUGUCCAGAACUUCAAGGUCAGCGUCAGCCAGGGCCCCGGUGGCGAGAUUACUGGCUUCCUCGUCAAGAACGACAUCUUCAAGCUGGUUUACUAAAUUCUUGGAACUCAAUACUGGAAAAACUUUGCUUGUGGACGAGGAGUGAGUAAUGACCUGGCGAUACAGAAGCUCGGAAUCUGAAGAUGAGGACAUGGGGCCCGGAGAGGAUCAGAAUAAAGGCUAGAGAUGUCAACACAUUCUCACAUAAAAAAUUUCAAAGCUUUUAGGCAUAGCUAAAUCUACACUAUAUACCACCAAAGCCGUUGUAGCUCUACAGUUUUCC